AUGCUUGUGCCCAAAAUGCAGGUCCGCCAUGCGGCUCUGGAGUGCUUGGUUGCACUACUCGCCACUAUUACAGAUGAAUCUCCCGCGGCAGCACAGACGCUGCAGUCAGAGGCCAGCACGCCACUGGUGGCCGCCAUCGCCAUGAUGCUGCAGGAGGCAGCCAGUGCAGAAGCUGGCGCCGGUUUGCAUGGGAGCAAGGCAGUUCGACUCUCUGCGCUCCGGGCCCUACGCCUGUUAUACGAAGCUGUGAAUGAUGCGCAGGCACUGUCUUACGUGCUGCCAGGCGCAGUGGGCGGCUUGUCCAAAGCUCUCCUCCAAGGUGUGUGCAAGCUGUUGGUGAGCUGCCGGCACACGCUGGCGCCAUGCAGCGAGCUGCUGCUGGAGCUGGUCUUCACGCUGGCAGCGGACACCUGGCCGGCAGUGGCAGCCCCCCCGCGCGCAUGGCUGGCGAGGGUACAAACGGAGGGCUCCCUGGACGCGCACCUGCCGCAGGCCUCUGUCGAGCGCUUCAUCGGCCGCCUGCUGCGUGCGCUGCUGCCGGCUGUGCGCACCCUUGAUGGGGACGGUCUCGCCCUGGCCAACCGGCUGGCCGCCGCCAUGCAGGUGGCGGAUGUGCAGCUGGUGGCGUCGCAGGUGCUGCAGAGCCCGGUGCAGCUGGGUCUGCUGUGUGCAUCUCUGUGCCAAUGCUUCGAGUUCGACCGCACUGCUGCCGGCUUGCUGCUGCAUGCGCCCCAAGAAGGCGGCUCGCACACGACCAAGGCGCUGCCUUCCAGCGAAGCAGGCAGCGCAGAGGGCGCUGCAACUGAUGCAGAGGAAUCCUAUGAAGCAGUUGCAAGCGUCGCGCGAACCGCUGGGCGUGUUGCCAGCCUGGCAGGUGGCACAGUACUGCGUGGGCUGCUGGACCGCCUGAUCAGCGACCUGCGCAAGCUGCUGCCGGGGGGGACCCGCCAUCGUGGCGCGCCCAGCGCCAGCUGGCAGCUAUCUGCAGCUUCAUGCGUCGUCGUCAUCACCGAGGUCAUCUUUGGGGCAUCGGCUGCCUGGCGCCCGGCCAACUAUCUGGGCUCAAUGGAGGCGGACAAAGACAGCGAGGCACCCAGGCAGGGCCAGUAUAGUCUGCAAGGGCAUGGAGCGGAGCUGGAGGCCAUAGUGGUCAUGACCCAGGAGGAGCUGGUGCGCGAGCCUCUGUGGGGAGUCGCCACCAGCGCCGAUGCUUCUAUGGGCGACGCAGCAGCCAGCCUGACACCCCAGGCUCUGGCGGAGAAUGCAUUGCUGUCGAGGGCGCUGCUGGAGGGCGUUGGCGCCUUUGCACGCGCGCUCGGGCGGCGGUAUGCGGCGGGUGGACGGUUGAUGUACACCGUGCUCAUCCCCGUGCUGGAGCGCCUGUCUGACCCCUGCCCCUCCGUCGCCUCCGCAGCCUCCGCGGCAGUCGGCUCCAUCUGCCUGCACUGCGGCUAUGCUGGCCUGGAGGAGCUGGUGCGGGCGAACGCGGACUACAUUGUGGAUGGGCUGUGUCGGCAGCUGCGCCACCUGGACAGCCAUCCCAGGGCGCCGCAUCUGUUUGCGGCCCUGCUGCGGCGGGCGGGGAUGGCGCCGGCACUGCUGCCGCUGCUGGCAGAGCCGGCGCGCGCGGCCGUGCAGGGCCUGGCUGUCACCGCGCACCGCAAGCGGCCGGCCCACAUCGCCGCCUUCCUGGCCGCCCUGCGCGAGAUCUGCUCCGGUGCCGCCUCCGACGCCGCCGCGGUGCUGACAGCUGCCGAGGAGGCAGCAUCUGAGGCGGAGAGAGAAAGCACAGCUAAGCGAGAUGUGUACCAUCAACGGAAUGCAGAGGCUGAGAGGGAAUUUGAAAGGGGGAAGACAGAGGAAGAGGUGAGGCAGUACUUCAUGCAGCACUUGGAAAAGAAGCAACAGCAGGAUGAAGGCGAAGCAGCGCUGGACCUCACUGAUGAGGAGCAGGAAGCAGCCCAGGUGUCGUGGAGUGCAGAGGCUUGGGCGCAGGCAGACGAUCGGCUGCGCAGGGCCCACGCAGAUGCCACCCUGGCACACGCUGCCGCGCUGAUGGCCGGCCCCCUGCUGACAUCACCCGACCUGCGGGUUGUGCUGCUGGCCAUGGAUGCGGCCAGGAGUGCACUGCGCACGCUGCAGCACACGUCGGCGGUGAUAGACAUCCAUGAAUACCGCAUCAAGGCCGCCGUCCGUAAGAAGACCUCCGUAGAGCCGGUGGCGCCCGAAACGCCGCAGCUGCUCCCCACCAUCCAUGCGUUGUGGUCGCCGUUGGUUCAGUCCCUCAAGGAUGCACGGGUGGCGGCAGUGGAGCAUGCGCUGGGAUUCCUGGCGGAUUACACAGACGUCGGAGGCGGCGAAUUUCUGGCGCGCAGAUUCCCGCAGGAGGCGUGGCCCCAGCUGGCACUGCUGCUGCACCGCGGUCCUGACACCGCGCUCGGAGCCGAGGACGGCGGCCCGGCACCGGCCGUCGUGCAACGCACACGCUCAGCUGUGCUCACAUGCCUGCUCAGGAUCGCAUCGACUUCCGGGUGCGCGGGAGUCCUGGCACAGAUCGUUGCCAAGGUGGCGGAUGCUGUGGCCGUGCAUGUGGCGGACAGCGCGGGUCUUACUGAGCGCACGACUGCAUGUCAGCUGCUGCUUGCCCUGGCAAAGCUGGACGCCGAUGCUGUGUGGCUGCUGCUCUUCCGCUUGCAGGGUCCUGUGACAGGCGGCAGGCAGAAGAUGCCCAACCCCUACUCUUCGGUGCUGCCUGACGUGCGGGACAUCUUCCCCGUGAGACCAACAGCGGGGAGCCAACCCACAGGCGACGUUGCAGUUGUAAAGGCUCUGAUGAAACAGGUCGAACAGGAUCCAGUCGCCUGGCACCAGCAUGCGGUUCUGCAGCAACAGGAGGCCUCCGCUUGA